AUGUCAUUCUACGAUCCAUUCUGUUCUUCAGCUAGUUUCUUUGCAGCUGUCAGGGUAUUUACCAUGAGCAUGGCCACAGUCAUUGGCCCAACACCGCCUGGUACGGGAGUUAUGUGGCCAGCAAUAGCACUGAUGAUGAUGUCCGCUCUCUUAGCGAAGAAUGUCAGCUCCUCUGGGGGCGUAUUUCUGUGGCACAAGAUGACAGUGGCUUCAUGUCCAGGUAGCUCGUUUCUAGCAUCAGCAUGUAAUAGCAGUGAUAUGGGCAGACCAACGUUUUUUGAUCUACCGCACACUACAACGUUCUUACCGAAAGUUUUUAUGUGUGAUCUGAAAUUAGUUAGUCUUGUUAAGAAUACUAGUCUACCCAGAGCCAGGGCUGCUAGUAAACCUAAGCACGCUGAACCAGAAUUAGGUAUAUCUUCAGCAUGGGCAGCAGCGAGGGGUAGCAAUGUUUCUAAGAAACCCCAAUGUUUGACACAGAAUCAUACAAAAAAAAUCUUCAGCAUGGGCAGCAGCGGGGGCAGCAAUCAUCUUGUUGCUGACAUAUUUCUCACUAGCGGGAUCUUCACCAACCAACACGGCAAUCAAGCAUGGUACCCUGUGACCUUGCUCGAUCCAGUCUGUCAGUUCUUGAUGCAAUUCUUUGUGAAUAUCAUCGGCAAUUUUCUUGCCGUCGAUGAGCUUGGCUCCCUCACUAUGAGAAAUAACUUCAUUAGUGACUACCAAACAACCUAA